UUUUUAAGGUAUUAUCAUCAGGUUGUCAAGAGUAACAUUGGAUCGUAAAUUGCAAGUUUAAUGGGCACGUCACCGGUCCGGCAUGGGACCCACCAAAUGGGUCUCUCUUGUGUGGUUCUCGUUUCCCGCCAAAGCGGGGUGUGAAUGCGGGUAGCCGAUGUAGUUCCCGUGGAAGUUUGAUUCAUGCGAAACGGGUGGAACAACAUAAAGCCGCGACGGCACGAGAAACCCGACGCCGACGACAGCGAGAGAAGAGAUGAAAGGAGACAAGGCGGCGAGCCAGCUGACCCUGGAAGAGUACGCCGGAUUCUUCCGCAACUCCCACCUCCGCCACCACCUCUCCCAUGACCAGCUUAACCAGAUCCCAGUUUCCCGUACUAGAAUUCCUUGGGGAGAAGAGCACGAAGGAGAAGAAAAGAGAGGGUUUUAGGUUUUUCUCUUUGAAAUUUGAUGUCGUCCUUACUCUGUGGUUUGAUGGUUAUCAGAUCGUCUACAUGCAUGGAUUCCUGAAGCUGCACCGAUUGCAAAAGGCGUUCAUCGUGGACGCUCUCAACUCGCUGGACCUGAUGCGCCCGGACAGGUCGACCGUGCAGGGCCAGGUGGCGACGCCGGUGGGCGUGGCGCUGUCACUGGAGGAGGCAAAGCAGGACAUUGCGGCGCUCCGGUGGCAGGAGUGUCCAUUGGGGUCUAUCAUCACGGUCGGGACCGCCGCAGAUGCAGUGGAGGCUGCAGUGCCCGUGUCCGUCUCCACCAGUCUCAGUCACUCGAAGCCAUCGUCCGCUGCAGGAGGCGGCGCUCAGCACAAGAGUAGUGGCAAGAAGAAGAGGAAACGGAUGUCGGCUGCUGUUGCUUCACAGCCUUCGCUGCCACCACAAAUGUAAGAGAAAACUAGUGAAAGUGAGUGUUGUUCCUUAUCACUUACAUUUUGCUACUGUACAGAGUAGACUAAUGCUAGUUCUAAUGCAAGCUUAUAACUUGUAAAAAAGAAUGCCUUUGUAGAUUUUGCAUCCUUGUCUAAUUAAAUCUUGUUUACCUUCCAUCA